AUGGACGCCGACGAGUGGCCCGAGGCACCGGAGGCUGCUGGACUCUCAAAAGGAGACACAGAGACCGAGGAUUGGGACCCACAGCACUUCCUGGGGGAGUGGCUCGACAACUUGGGCCACAAGAUCGUGGUCACUCCCGCCUCUCAGCGCUUCGCCGGGCGGAAUCCCCAAAGAAAGCCUGGCGGCAAGGGCCAGCCGCGGCUCGCCUUCUCGGCGAACUUGCAGAAGUUGGGGGUGCCUGACAAGAGGUUCACCAUCUCGCUGGACCGGUGGCAGCAAUGGCGCUGCGGCAACGGGGUGCUUGUGCAGGAGGAGAGCAAUCAGGAGUUUCUGACCUGGGCAGCUGAUGACGGACGUGUCAGCAACUGGGAGCGGCCAGUGCCAGAGGGCCCCGUCUACUUCGACGCGCCUCCGGACUGGAACGAGGGGUGGUACGCUCAAGGUGACGAAUACGGGCAGUGGAUUGCCAUUGGCGUAUCCGAGAUGCAGGCGCCUUGGAGUUUCAACCCGGGGGCUGCUGAGUUCAACCCGCAAGCCGAGUCCCCUUGGCUUCCAAAGCCGGACGGCUUGCCGACCCGGGGCUCGGAGAGCCCCGGCUUCCGGCGCGGCCGCGGCUGGAGCUCUCCCAAGGGCACGCCGGUGGUGUCGCCGGCCAUUGUGCCAGGCUGGGGUCGCACACCAACACCCUCGCCCAUGAUCCGACCUGCAGCCUCUCCACUGUUGCAGGGGCUGUGCCUACCAGAGAUGGAGCCUCCGGCGAUGGAGCUGCCGGCCUCCAUCGAGCUGCAGCUGGUGGAAGAAGGCGACACGGGCGGCGCUUCGGUCUCGGGCUCCCGCUUCGAUUGGACGGUGGCGGAUCCUUGGGGCAAGCUCUGCCAGUGCCCCAAGGACUCAUGCAUCAUGUCACCCACCUUCAGCAUCCAAGAAGGGCGUAUGCAGCUGUCCUUCUACCCCAACGGCAGCCGCGAAGCCGAGCCCGGGCAUUGCUCCGUGGCCUUGUCGCGGGGCCCUGACUGCCCCGGCAUCAAGUUCGAGUUCUCGGUGAACAGCCGCUCCACGGGGCCGAAGGUGUGCCUAGGCCGGCGGUACCUAGGCGACUACAUCAAGCCCUUCGAGGAUCACGAGGACAGUGACUCGAAAGUGGUGGUGUCCAUCAACGUUCUCGAGCUCAUUCCCACUCGCUGA